ACAGUAGCAUCAAUAUUGCCCUUUAGCCCGUACAUAGGAGACCAAACGUGCUCCUCGACGUCGAGCAGUUUGUUGAUGCUCAUAGUACACUGCCGCCCAUUUCGCUCCCGAACAACGGCGUCGGCUUGGGGGGAGGCGCAGACAAAGAUCUUGGCCCAAGCUUGCAGCUCAGGCAACUUGCUGCUCAUGUGCUCCUUGACCUCUUCGCACGUUGAAUUGAUUUCCAGUAUGGUCUCCAAGUGGCUUGGCAGGAGCGUUUCAAUCGUUUCCAAAAGAAAGGGUGUAUCCCACUUAUUGGCCUUCAUGGCUUCUUGGAAGAGUUCGUGCAGAAGCGUGCCGUACAACAUUGGUGCAUUGGCUCUGCUCGUCGCUUUUACACGAUCCUGA